AUGCAGAGCACCACAGACCACAUAUAUUCAUUUCUCUUUCAUUCAGAUAAUCCACCAUUAGAAUCAAUGGCUUCCACAAUCUCUCCUACUCUCCAAGCUCUCUCUCUCCGCCGCGCGUGCAAUGCGCACCCUCCACCAUGCAAGGCGCACUGUCCCAAAUCUUUCGCCAGCAGGAGGCAGUUGCUAUUCCUUCUAACGGCAAUACCGGCAUUGACAGUCAGAGAAUCAGCGUCGAAUGCAGAGGAUAUUCCACUGUUCGGACUGAGGAAGAAGCUGAAGAAAGCGGAGGAAAAGGCAGAGGAGAUAGUGAAGGAAGGAUUCGAGGCAGCAGAAAAGGGACUUGAAACAGCGGAGAAAGGAAUAGUGACGGCGGAGAAAGGGAUCGAAACGGCAGAGAGAGAAAUAGAGGAGGCAGUGAGCUUCGGAGGGCUGGCACAAGCGGGAGCGGUGGCGGGAGCGGAAGUUGUGGGCGUUUUAGUGGCCACUUCCGUAGUAAAUGGGAUCUUGGGUUCUGAAGCUAAAGGUCAAAAAUCAUGAUUUAGUUUUGUGAUGAUCUGAUAUUUCAAAGAGCUUUUCUGAGCUGGGAAAUGUAAAUUUCAUUUCUGAUAAACCCCUUUGCUGUUAAAUUUCUCUGCCUGCGCAUUAAAUAAAAUUAAUUACGUAUUAAUCUUA